AUGAUCCCUGCUGCACUGCCUCCAUGUGCCGAGGGCGCUUCAAUGAUGCCCGCGGAGGGCAAGCCAGCUUGGUUCGAGCGCUUCGCCUGUUCACAUCAUCCCCACCCCUGGAUUCCUCGUCAAAAAGAGGAUGCUACUAUCUACGAGGUCAUCGUUCCGUCACAACCAACUACUGGAAUUCUAUCUGUCAAUCUCCACUACACUCGUCGCCUGAAGGUACCAGAGCCCUGCGAAGACUCGUGUUACAACCCAGUAGUAGCGGAGAACAAACCAUGGCUGCCUUACGCGAUCAUGGAAUACGAACAGUUCCAGAUAUCCACUGAGUACACAUAUUACGGUUAUGGCAGACUCGUGUGGGCCAAACUGAAAGAAAGGGGCUUCAGGUUUGAGGUUGCUGAUACAUCUUCUGAGUUGGCUGUGCGCAUGUUUGCCAGGCGCUCUGAUGCUGAAGGGGCACACCAGAUUGUCCCCCUGGGGUCCAUCACAAUGAAUCCGUUCAAGGAAUACCAUAAUGAAGAUGGGGAUGAUAACAAGUGCAUACCUGUGCAAGAUGUGCAAGAUGGCACGGGGAGCGAGUAUGUGUUAAUCAGCACUUCCUACCUCAAGAAGACAGUGCCGCCAUUGCAUGAUAUGGAGGUCUGGCACGUGCGCGGUGAGAUUGGCUCAAGUGAUCUAGUCUAUGUCCAAAAGAAAGACACUGAAAAAAGCUAUGGCAUGAGGAUUGUUCCCAUAACCAUUGACAUCCCCCCCGCGUCUGAGCUUGUACAUCGCAUUAAACACCCCUACAUUGCUCCACUCAAAUUUGCUUUCAAGUCAUCCAAGGGACUGAGCCUCCUUUCACCAUUGGGUAGCGGAGGGCCGCUUUCGCACCACCUCCAACAGACACGGCAGUUCAAUGUUGACCAGGCUAGAUUUUAUGCUGCAGAGCUCCUCUAUGCACUGGAAUACCUGCAUGAUAGGCAUAUUAUUCUUGCACAUCUGAAUAUGGAGGAUCUCUUCAUGGAUUCACCUGGACACCUCAGCCUGUGCAAACCUAGUCUUUUCAGUCUGGAGGUCAAGAACAGUGAUAAUGUUGUGCCAGGAAUAUCAGAAUACCCAGCUCCUGAGCUUGUCAACAACCAAGUUGCUUCGCGGGCGGCAGAUUGGUGGGCUUUUGGCAUCAUUCUUUAUGAGAUGCUGAACUGGGUUACCUCCAUUCUAUCACCCAGGACCCCUAAUAAGCGACGACUCAAGAUAUGUCAAGACCCUCUAUAUCCUGAGGGACUCCCACUGGCAGCCAAGGACAUUUUGAUUAAGCUGCUUGAAAAAGAUCCACUGAACCGCUUGGGGGCAAAAAUUGGGGCCUCUGAAAUCAAAGACCACCCGUUCUUCCAAGACACCCAAUUGGCAUGA